AUGCCUGGCCCGUUACGGCAGGCAAGCCAACCGGAAAAACGAAGUGAUGCCCAGUGUGCUGCCAGCGCAGAGGUCUCAGCGACCAUCCAGGCUGCAAAUAUUCUACUCGACAGUGCAGAAAACUCAGAGACAACCGAGAGCCCGCGGAUCCUGAAUAGACCCAGAGCGCAGGCCCUGCGCAUGAGUGUUAGCAUUACACAGUGUGGAGAGUCGGGUUUGCUGCUGCUUCCCACCACACCAGCCCCAAAGGAGUCUGAAAUCCUCAGGACAAAUUCCCGUGCUCUUCUCUUGAUGACCCUGCGAGUGAACCUCUCCAGGAAACUGCUAAUGGCCGUGCAUCGGGAGAACAGGAGACGGCAGUGGCGGCGGCGGCGGCUCCGCAGGAGGGUUCAGGCUUCGGGGGCAGCCGCCGCCAGGAUCCUGCUGGAGGUGAACAGCUGCAUCGUCGAGGAGACUCUCGCGCUCAAGUUCGAGAAUGCGGCUGCUGGAAACAAACCGGAAGCAGUAGAAGUGACAUUUGUUGAUUUUGAUGGGGUCCUCUAUCAUAUUUCAAAUCCUAAUGGAGACAAAACAAAAGUGAUGGUGUUCACGCAGGAGUUCAAAGAAGGGCGCAGAGCCAGCCACACAGCCCCCCAGGUUCUCUUCAGCCACAGGGAACCUCCUCUUGAGCUAAAGGACACAGAUGCCGCUGUGGGCGACAACAUUGGCUACAUCACCUUUGUGCUGUUCCCCCGCCACACCAAUGCCAGUGCCCGAGACAACACCAUCUACCUGAUCCACACGAUCCGGGACUACCUGCACUACCACGUCAAGUGCUCCAAGGCCUAUAUCCACACACGUAUGCGGGCAAAAACAUCUGACUCCCUCAAGGUGCUGAACUGUGCACGCCCAGAUGCGGAGAAAAAAGAAAUGAAAACAAUCACGGGAAGACGUUUUCAUCCCGCUAACUCUUGGGAAUGGGGGAAGUGCUGGCGACUGAAGGCUGGACCGCUUGCUGCCAGAUAA